CAUCUCGCUCUUAUAUCCAUUACGUCCUUUCCUUUGCCCAUAGGGUAGACGAUUGCAUCGAUGGACCACUGAUCGAGUUAGCGUCGCGUUGGGUCACGCUUCUUUAAGGCUCGUAUCUUGCAUUGGCAGCGGGCAACCAUCUGCGAUAUCAUUCUGCUGAAGAUGUAUACAAGAACAUGUUAUUACUCAAUUCUAGACCAGCUUUGAAUUCCUUUUUGAAUUCCUCAUGACAUGGGCAAUGUUCCAGCCUUGCACUAUUUCGCUGCUAACACGACUUGAUCGAAGCUGGUUGCGUCAAAUAUGCAGGCAAGCUGCACGUCUCUCAGUUCUGAUAUGUCGAACGUUGUCGAUGCGCGGGGCAGUGCUCUCCUCAGCCUCGUUGUCUCCGACCACGCGUCCCCCUCCAGAAUAUUUUUUCUUUUCUGACUUGUUUAUUUAUCAGCUACAGCUUCAAGAGCUUGAUUCAUCUCUAAUUAUUUUUCUUUUCUGAUUGCCUCUCACUCUACCCGACGUGUAACCUAACGAGCGACGAGAUCAUGACCCCCAUUUGGCCGCUCCAAUGGAUCCUUUGUCUGCUUUUGGGCUAAUUUCAGGUGCUUUUCAGGUCGGGCAAGUUAUCGCGGAGACACUUCAUGGGUUGGCGAGUCUCCGUGGGAAAUAUCAACAUGCUGACCUUACGAUUGGCACACUCGAGCACCAAUUAACGACAAUUCGCGCCGCCAUUGCCCACCUAGAGGACUGGAGAAGAUUGAGACUCCGCAAGCCUUCUCCAGCAGAGUACAACAGGAGCUUGGACGUUGCGCUUGACGGAUGCCUCACCGUCGUGGAGGCUCUAUCGGAAGAAAUCCUAGUGCUGACGCAAGGUGCGUCGCCGAAUGAGGCUGGAAUUGGGUUUCGAGCCCGCUUGAGGGUGGUUUGGAGAGAAGAUGUGAUGAGGGCACACCAGGACAGGCUUCAUUCGCAAGUGAUUGCACUACAAUUACUGGUGCAAGCCUGCCAAUGCCAAUCGUCUGCAGAACAAAUUGAACUCUUGCGCAGGGCUGAAAAUCGCCAUAUAAUAUGGAAAGUUGCCGAUGAUGCCGCGACCCUUCGUUCUUCCAAUCGAAGUAGAUACGCGAGCUCUCGAGCUGAUACCACCUCCAGCCUGAAUCAACGUGUGGAGUCCACAACUGGAGGCACCGUGUUUGAUUUCGACGGUACCCUGGCCUCAUCUUUGCCAUACAUACGUGCGCCGCCGCAAGUUCCCACAAGGUUGGAAACCUGGUCGACUAGGAGUCAUGGGGACCAGAGCCAUACAACGGACGAGGGCUACUCUAGCGGAGUCGUGACAAGCACGACAGUGUCACGGGCAGGCAGUUUAUUAUUACCUGCUCAUCCUUCUGGUAUGAUAAAUCCAACGUUUGGACACAGCAACAGCGUAGCCCUAAGUCCUACUGCCCGUUCACCGACUUCAAACUAUGCGAGGCGAUCCAAGUCCGAUGUGACGCCUAUGAUCAAACAAAACCGGGAUCCAGAAUCAGGUUCAAACACAGGCUCGAAACGCGAAAAAUUUCAGUCUGUGCUUCGGCGUAUUAGUUAUGCCAGUCUAAGACCAGGUUCGUCACCUCAAGUCCCGACGCGAGCCACGACAAGCGGUUCGACAGCAGCUCGGCGGCGGCAGUACGACAAGGAUGAUGUCAACACUAGCAUUGAUAUUAGUUCGCCAGAUGGAGCGAGCGCGCCACUCCUCGUGAAGACAGCGCAGGCUGGAUCUUGGUCUGAUGUUGAAAGAUUACUUGAGAGGGGCAGUGAAUUGGAAGCAAGACACCGGCAAUCCCGACGAACCGCACUUCUUGUUGCAGCACAUUGUGGCAACGAAGCAGUUGUCGAAUUAUUGAUUCGCAAAAAUGCGCGCCUUGAUGCAGUUGACAAAACAGGGUCAACUGCUUUGCAUCUCGCGGCUUCCCGUGGCCAUUGCGGAGUCAUUGAGCUUUUGGUCUCCGAAAGUUUGGAUCUUGAAACACGCGAUUCCCGAGGACGCACCGCCCUUUGGGUUGCAGCUGAACGAGGAGAAAUCGAGGCUACACAUCUUUUGCUCCUCUCCAAAGCAAAGGUCAACGCACGAGCAGAUGGACACAUGUCUGCGCUUCAUGUAGCAGCAAAGCAGGGUGACGAAGCCAUUGUCAAACUCUUGGUCAAUGCUGGCGCAGACUUGGAAGCAAAAGAUGGCACAAUGAUGACUGCUUUGCAUCAUGCUUGUGAGAAGGGCCAUGUCGGUGUGAUGGAAAUACUUCUCGAUAAGAAGAUUGAUGUCGAUGUGCCAGGCUCCGAUAGGAGGUCUCCGCUCAUAUGUGCUGCUGCUGUUGGCGCAGUCCAGGCGACUAAUCUUUUGCUCAAGAGAAAGGCUUCAACUCGGUGUGUCGAUGAUGCCGGGAUGACUGCUCUCCACUGGGCUGCGUAUAAUGGGCAUACAGAGAUUGUGGAGAUCCUUUGCAGCAAAAAGGGCUCCACGUUGAAGAAGGUAAAUGUUGCCGGCCGGACAGCUCUCCAUUUAGCAGCCAUGACCUCGCAAUUCCCGGUUGUGGAGCUUCUAUUACGCAAACAAAUGCCCAUGGAGGGACGCUGCCAAUCAGGCCUGACGGCUCUUCAUUAUGCAUGUCUCGCAGACAGUACUGAGAUUGCAAAGUUGCUGCUUAUGUCUGGAGCUGACAUUGAGUCUCCGAUGGACGGAGAGUUGCACAGACGACCUGUGCACAUUGCAGCCGCCCAGGGAUCCAUGAGGCUCCUUAAUCUGCUUUGUGACAAGGGGGCUUCUCUAGACGCCCGUGAUGCGCUGGGAUACCGGGCCCUCGGGGUAGCGUCCAGAGCUGGUCAUGCCGCUGCCGUGCAGAACCUACUUGACCGCAACUCGGCUGUGCAUAUGCAGUUGGAAACGUGGUCUCGAGAUGAUUCGCCAUUGUGUCUUGCUGCGGCGUCUGGGCACCUACCCGUCGUGAUGCUUCUACUAGAGCGUGGCGCAUCGCCGUUGAAGCAAGACGAGCAAGAUUGGUGGCCAUAUCAAUAUGCGGCAUACCACGGCCACCCCCGUAUCCUGGAGAUUCUUCUCACACUCACUCUCCCCAGUUCUGUUGCUGAUACACUGCAAUUUGAUAGUAUUGGCUUUGCCCCAGCCGCGGAUAUCUCCUUGGAGUGCAAACGAGAAGUUCUAGACCUGUUGUACAGAGCCGGACACCAGCCGAACUCCCUGCUUGGGAGCUCAACUGUCCCCAUCACAUCCUCCUCUCCAAUGACACCAGGGCCCCAGCAGGUGAUGAGCAGGGCAGCUGGGCCUUCGGACCCAGUCCAUAUGCGAGCUCAAUUUGUAUCAUCCCUAGUGCCCGUCCCGGAAUUUCCGAGUAGAACUCACCUCCAGGAGGACAUCCAGGAACUUCCCGGUACAUUGGAACAAGGACUCCCGGAUAGCCGAUCGCAAACACCAGAACAGUUGCAUCGACCGCCGGGUAUUGAUGAGUACGAAGAGCAGCAGCGGCAAGUCCCCAGUCAGCCAACCUCCUCCAGGACACCCAUGGAACGAGCCCCACCUUUUGAAUCUCAAAUGACUACGCAGACAUCUCCUCCUGCUUGCGAGCGGCAAUAUUCACCAGCUCCCAUAAGACCCCCGUUGAGCCACCCAACACCCGUGCGUGACCCUAGCGGAUUCCUACUAAGCCGCAGGCGGGGUCUUUUUGAGGAGCGUUUCAAUGACACACCAAUCUCUAUAGACGAUGAGACUACGACUCAAAUCCCGGAGGCACCCCCACACUCUUCUCGCAUUGAGGAAGAAGAGGAAGAGCGCUGGAGCAGCAACUCCAGUCCAACUCCGGCCUAAUUUCGAGCACCGUCGUCAACUUUUGUGAUUUGAAACUCGAUUCCGAAACACCGGUUUUUCCCUACUGAGCCAGAAGCAAAAGGUGCUGAUAUCUUCGCAUGCGGAAAUACCGAAAACGUCCAGUUUUGAUUCUUACUUUGCACAAUACCUGUUAUAUACCUCAAUCUUGAUAUAUCGUUGAGGAUCUAGAUUUCCGAAAGGAUAGCCAAUAUGUACAUCUCUUAGGUUAUGCGAGGCCAUAUAGGCGGGUGGCCUGAUAUGGUUUACUUUAUGAUUCAUAUAGCCAAGCUGAUGUUUCUGUAUAGUUUGAUUGUCUUCCGGCACUCACCUCCGCUGGCGGAGUAUUGAGCUCCUGGGAUUUACUUGCAGGGACAGAAUAUGAGAUCGAAGGUUAGCAUUCUCAUCACUAGGUAGAAUCAAGCUGCGCCCCUUACUUUCCCACACAAAACCUAAAGGCAGACGUUAGGCAGUCACUCAAAGGGCCCCGAGACAAAGGAAGCAUAC